AUGUCGUCGCAAGGCGAGUGGACGGGUCUGAAGGUUCGCCAGACCUUCUUCGAUUUCUUCGCCGAGCGCGGCCACACGAUCGUCCCGUCUGGCUCCGUCGUUCCGCACAAUGACCCCACCCUCCUCUUCACCAAUGCUGGCAUGAACCAGUUCAAGCCCAUCUUCCUCGGAACUGUUGCCAGCACCGACGACCUCUCCAAGCUGAAGCGAGCCGUGGAUACGCAGAAGUGUAUUCGCGCUGGUGGCAAGCACAACGAUCUUGACGAUGUCGGCAAAGAUAGUUAUCACCACACAUUCUUUGAGAUGUUGGGCAACUGGUCGUUUGGAGACUACUUCAAGAAGGAGGCUAUUACCUGGUCGUGGGAACUCCUGACAAAGGUCUAUGGUCUGGACCCCUCCAGGCUAUACGUCACGUACUUUGAAGGAAACCCGGCCAUGAAUCUCGACCCCGACCUGGAGGCCAAGGAACUGUGGAAGUCGGUAGGUGUACCUGACGACCAUAUCCUCCCUGGUAACAUGAAGGACAACUUCUGGGAGAUGGGUGACCAAGGCCCUUGCGGACCUUGCAGUGAAAUCCACUACGACAAGGUUGGAGGCCGUAAUGCUGCCCAUCUGGUCAACCAGGAUGACCCAUUGGUUGUUGAGGUCUGGAACAACGUCUUCAUGCAAUUCGACAGACAAAAAGACAAGUCUCUGAAGCCUCUUCCUGCCAAGCACAUUGACACAGGUAUGGGUUUCGAGCGAUUGGUCUCUGCGCUGCAGGACAAGAAGUCCAACUACGCCACCGACAUCUUCACCCCACUCUUUGCCCAGAUUCAGAAGGUUACUGGCGCCAGGGAAUACACCGACAAGUAUGAAAAGGACGAUGCCGAUGGUGUUGACACCGCCUACCGUGUCGUUGCCGACCACAUCAGACUGCUCACCUUUGCGAUCUCGGAUGGCGCCGUGCCAAACAAUGACGGCAGAGGCUACGUUGUGCGAAGAGUUCUCCGUAGAGGUGUGCGUUACGCCCGCAAGUACUUUGGUGCCGAGAUUGGUUCCUUCUUCUCCAAGAUCCUGCCUGCUCUUGUAGAGCAGAUGGGUGAGCAGUUCCCGGAGAUUGUCAAGAAGCAGCAUGACAUCAAGGAGAUCCUGGAUGAAGAGGAGGAGGCUUUUGCCCGCACAUUGGACCGUGGUGAGAAGCAAUUCGAGAAAUACGCUGCCGUGGCCGCCAACAGCGAAAAGAAGAAGCUCUCCGGCGCCGACGUGUGGAGGCUAUAUGAUACCUUUGGUUUCCCCGAGGACUUGACAAAGUUGAUGGCCCAGGAAAGAGGUCUGGACAUUGAUGAAGAGGAGGUUGCUGUUGCCAAGGAGAAGGCCCGCGAAGCUAGCAAGGCCGUCAAGGAUGCCGUGCAGACUUUUGCCAAACUCAAUGUUCACCAGAUCGCCGAGCUGAAGGACAAGCUACACGUUCCCACCCCCAACGACGAUGCCAAGUUUCAAAAGGGCGACAUCAAGGCCAAGGUACAGAUGAUCUUCACCGGCAGCGAAUUCGUCAAGUCGACCAAGGACCUUGCGCCAAACACACCACUAGGCAUUCUCCUGGACAAGACCAACUUCUACGCUGAGCAAGGUGGUCAGGUCGCUGACACUGGUCGCAUUGUCGUUGACGGUGCUGCCGAAUUCAAGGUGCUGGACGUCCAGCAAAUGGGUGGCUACGUGGUUCACAACGGUUACUUGGAGUACGGACAGCUUCAGGCUGGCGAUGAAGUUAUCUCCGAGUACGAUGAAUUGCGCAGACAGCCCAUCCGUAACAACCACACUGGUACACACAUCCUCAACCACUCCCUCAGGGAAGUUCUAGGUGAUGAUGUUCACCAAAAGAGUUCAAUGGUCGACCAGGACAAGCUGCGCUUCGAUUUCUCCCACAAGACCCAGGUUACAGUUCCUGAGCUCAAGAAGAUUGAAGACAUGUCGAAUGCUUAUAUUAGACAAAACUGCAAGAUCUACUCCAAGGAGGUUGAUCUCGACACUGCCCGACAGAUCAAUGGUGUGCGUGCCGUGUUUGGAGAGGGGUACCCCAAUCCAGUUCGUGUCGUUUCGAUAGGUAUUGACGUCGACAUGCUCCUCGAGACCCCCGAGAACCCCGAAUGGCGCAAGGUCAGUGUGGAGUUCUGUGGCGGUACGCAUGUGGACCAGACUGGUAUCAUCAAGGACAUGGUCAUUGUUGAGGAGAGUGGUAUCGCCAAGGGUAUCCGUCGUGUUGUUGCCUACACUGGAGAUGCUGCCCAUGCCGUGCAACGUGAGGCUGCCGAGUUCUCGAAGCGCAUUGAUGAGAUUGACGCGCUCCCCUUUGGCCCCGAGAAGGAGGACAAGGUCAAGUCUACCCAGUUUGAGCUGAACGGACUCGUUAUCUCUGCGGUUACCAAGGACGAGCUGAGAACCAAGUUCGCUAAGAUCAUCAAGAGCGUUACCGACGAGCAGAAGAAGCGCCAGAAGGCCGAGAGCAAGACUGCUCUCGACACAGUGGCGGCUCACUUCGCCAAGGACGAGAACAAGGACGCUAAGUACUUUAUUGGUCAUUUGCCAAUUUCUGCCAACUCCAAGGCCAUGUCGGAUGUCCUCAAGCACUACCAGACCAAGGAUAAGACCAAGUCUGUCUACCUUCUUGGUGGCAGUCCCAGAGAAGGUGCCGUUGCUCACGCCGUUUAUGUCGGCACAGACCUCGCUUCCCAGGGCGUAACUGCUGAGGCUUGGUCGACUGCUGUCGCUCAGGUUGUCGGUGGACAGGCUGGUGGCAAGGAGCCCGUCCGACAGGGCCGUGGCACAAACGCGGAUAAGAUUGACGAUGGUGUGGAGGCUGCCCGGAAGUACCUCGAGAGCCUAAAGAUUUAA